AUGGCUGCCGCCGCGCCCCCGCCCAACCGGCCGAUUAAGAUCCUAAUGCUGCACGGCUACACGCAAUCCGGACCCUUAUUCCAAGCCAAAACGGGCGCUCUCCGCAAAACCCUCAAUAAAGCCUUCCCCAAAGGCAUCGAACUCGUCUACCCCACCGGCCCAAUCCGCCUCACCCCCACCGACUUCUCCCUCAUCACCGGCGCAGUCACCGACCGCACUUCCGCCCCGGACGCCGACGAAGAACUCGACGCCUGGGCCUGGUGGCGUAAACGCAGCACGAGCGAUGGCUCCUACGUUUUCGACGGGCUGGACGAGGGGUUCGCGCAUAUUGCCUCCAUCUUAAAAGAACAAGGGCCAUUCGAUGGCGUCAUUGGAUUCUCCCAAGGCGCAGCUGCAACAGCCAUGGUUGCGUCGUUGCUUGAACCCAAGCGGAAACAAGCAUUCGAUGCACAGCACGCUGCUGGCACCGGAAUCCCAUUCCCAGCAUCUUUCGAGGGAAACAUUCACCCUCCACUCAAAUUCGCAGUCUCAUACAGCGGCUUCGCGGCGAUUCCACCACCACCACCACCACCACAACAACAACAACAAGACGGCAGCACACCAACAUCGCAGUACAUGGCGUUUUACGAACCGGAAAUCGAGACUCCCAUCUUACAUUUUCUGGGAACGCAGGAUGUGGUGAUUGAGGAAGCGAGGAGUCUGGUGCUGGUACAGCGGUGUAAGAGGAAAGAGGACAAGUACGUCGUGUAUCAUCCCGGUGGACACUUUUUGCCGAGCACGCAAAAGGCGAGUGUGAAUGCGCUUGUGGGGUUUAUCAGGGAGGUGCUUUGGGAGCAGGAGGGCGCCAAGGAGGAGAACGAGGAUAAUCUGGAGGAUAUUAUGGGGCAUUUUGAUGCUAAGAAGCCUGCGGUGGCGGAGCAGGAGGCCAAGUUUCAUCUUUGA